AUGUCAGACACUCAGGGUGAGUCUAAAUACUCCUGCUGGGAUUUUCUCAUCACCUGCGUGGGCCUGCCCUUGUUUCUGACUGACAUAGGACUGGAUAUAUGGGCCGCUGUUAUCUUCUACCAAGAAAAGGCAUACGCCUGCCUCGGUGUUCUGCUGCUGCUACUUGUGGGGUCAACACUGCUGGCUCAGGCUUACAGCUGGCUUUGGUACAGCUAUGACCAGUUUAAGAUGAAGACAAAGGUUGAAGGCCUGCCUACCCAGAGGCAGCUCAUGGUUCUGCACGUUUGUCAGCUCGGAGUUUACGUCAGGCAUGCAGGAGUCCUGGAAAUGGCAGUACAAAGCAUGUACAAUAGGCUCCCUGACCCUGAGAAAGGUGCCCUUACGCCAGGAGAACAGAAACCUAAGACUGAGGACAUUACCGUGUCCUUGACCCACGAUCUAAGCAUGUUACGGAUCAUAGAGACAUUUUCAGAGAGCGCCCCUCAGCUCACGCUCAUGCUCACCAUCAUUCUGCAGACGGGCCACCUGGAUCCUGUGACAGUGUUGAAGGCUGUUGGUUCAGCUUCAGCUAUCGCCUUCACUGUGACGGCCUACCAUCGCUCGCUGCGCUCUUUCCUGCCUGACAAGGAGAAGCAGCAAAUAACCUCAUCAGUCAUCUACUUCAUCUGGAACCUGGUUCUCAUCUCUUCCCGUCUCACUGCUCUCGCUCUUUUCGCCUCCGUGCUGCCCUGCUUCAUCUUCACCCACUUCAUCUGCUCUUGGCUGGUUUUAUUCUUCUUCGCUUGGCGAUCCAAGACAGAGUUCAUGGAAAGUCCUUGUGGAGAAUGGCUUUAUCGAGCCACUGUUGGCCUCAUUUGGUAUUUUAACUGGUUUAGUGUGGUGGAGGGGAAGACGCGGUACAGGACUGCGCUCUAUCACGGGUAUAUACUGACUGAUAUUUGCAUCCUCUGUGCUGUGUGGUGCUGGAAGAUGAGCACAGAUCCUCCUGAUUUUGUGAUAGAGCCCAUGCACACUUUAAUCACAGCUGCCUGUGUUGUUGCAGUUUACGUCCUCGGUCUAAUACUUAAAGCUAUUUAUUAUAAACUUUUCCAUCCAAACCUUGACAAAAAUAAGAUUAAAGGGACCAGCAGAGAGCAGCAACCUGUAAAUGAGCCAAACGUGGGUGAUGAACUGGAUGCAGCCAAAGCAACCCCCUCCCCACCACCACAACCAUGUUGUAAUAAAAGAAUGAGGAAGCUGGCUGAGAGCUUCUACUGCUAA